AUGGCGUCUUCGUGCUUCAAGGUCCUCUCUUCUUCUCCAUGGAUCGGCCACCGCUCCUUUGCCGCCAACCCCUCUGCCUCUUCUCCUCCUCCUCGAGUCUCCUUCGCGAUCCGCGCCGGCGCUUACUCCGACGAGCUUGUUCAAACCGCCAAAAGCAUAGCAUCCCCUGGUAGAGGUAUCCUUGCGAUCGAUGAGUCGAAUGCAACUUGUGGGAAGAGGCUUGCCUCUAUUGGGUUAGAUAACACUGAGGAGAACCGUCAAGCCUACAGGCAGCUUCUGCUUACCACCCCUGGCCUCGGCGAUUACAUCUCUGGUUCCAUUCUCUUCGAGGAGACGCUUUACCAGUCCACUAAGGACGGCAAGAAGUUCGUCGAUUGCUUGCGCGAUGCCAACAUCGUCCCUGGCAUCAAAGUUGACAAGGGUUUGUCUCCCCUGCCCGGCUCCAACCAAGAGUCUUGGUGCCAAGGCUUGGAUGGAUUGGCUUCACGCUCUGCUGAGUACUACAAGCAAGGAGCUCGUUUCGCCAAGUGGAGGACUGUUGUGAGUGUUCCUUGCGGUCCUUCAGCACUAGCUGUCAAGGAAGCUGCGUGGGGACUCGCCCGCUAUGCAGCCAUCUCUCAGGACAACGGCCUUGUGCCCAUAGUGGAGCCAGAGAUCCUUCUGGACGGGGACCACCCGAUUGAGAGGACACUGGAGGUGGCAGAGAAAGUGUGGUCAGAGGUGUUUUUCUACCUGGCGCACAACAAUGUAAUGUUUGAGGGCAUACUGUUGAAGCCAAGCAUGGUGACACCAGGUGCUGAGCACAAGAACAAGGCCUCUCCCGAGACCGUUGCAGAGUUCACCCUCACCAUGCUCAAGAGGAGGGUUCCUCCGGCUGUCCCAGGGAUCAUGUUUCUGUCUGGAGGACAAUCGGAGGCGGAGGCCACGUUGAACCUGAACGCCAUGAACCAGAGCCCAAACCCGUGGCAUGUGUCCUUCUCCUACGCACGUGCCCUGCAGAACUCUGUGCUGAGGACGUGGCAAGGCAAGCCCGAGAAGAUCGAGGCCUCGCAGAAGGCCCUCUUGGUUAGGGCAAAGGCCAACUCAUUGGCUCAGCUAGGCAAAUACUCAGCAGAGGGAGAGAACGAGGAUGCGAAGAAAGGAAUGUUUGUCAAGGGUUACACCUACUGA